GCGGUAAGAGGUAACCUGGCGAGUGGUAGCGGCGCUUCUCCCGUGCUGUGGCUCACGCUUUGGUACUGGAGGCCGAGGCUGUUCUGGCGACGGCGACCUCUGCGGCGACGGCUGAGGCUCUCGGAGGAGUGGCGGAGUGCGGUCUGGAGGAGGGGCUUCUGGUCAGCCCAGGUUCUGUCAUGAUGAAUGGAUCCAGUGUGGCGAAUACAUCACCCAGUGUAAAAUCCAAAGAGGACCAGGGGUUGGAUGGGCAUGAUGAGAAGGAAAACCCAUUUGCAGAGUACAUGUGGAUGGAGAAUGAAGAGGAUUUCAACAGACAGGUGGAGGAGGAGCUGCAGGAGCAAGACUUUUUGGACCGUUGCUUCCAGGAGAUGCUGGAUGAAGAAGACCAAGACUGGUUUAUUCCAUCACGAGAUCUGCCUCAGGCCAUGGGACAGUUGCAACAACAGUUAAAUGGACUGUCGGUUGGCGAUGGUCACGAUUCUGAAGAUAUUUUGAGCAAAAGUAACCUGAACCCGGAUGCCAAGGAAUUUAUUCCAGGAGUGAAGUACUGAGCUGACAGAAAGCUUUGAGGAGGACUUGUGUGUCCCCACAUCUGGGGACAGCGCUGCACAAACAUGCGGAGAUGAAGAGGGGGUGGGGCGGGCGGGGUGCACAGCGGGGAGGGGACAGUGGUUUAACUUGACACUGUGACUGGAGUAACUAAUGUGCUCAGUCUUUCUCUGCAAGCCUCUGAGUGUUUCCCUUUUGUUCUACUGACUUUCACUUGGAGGAGUUUUCUAUUAUUAUUACUAGAUUUUUGAGUUAAGGAAAUUGUAAUCUUUUUUUUCCCCUCCAUCAGGAAUGUUCUGCUGUGUGUGUUUAAACAAAAUAAGCUGACCAAGAAAAUCUGGGUGUUUAAGAAUGCCCUUCUCACCCUGCUGUAUACUUACCAAGGGCAGUGAACACCUGGAGAACUACUUAUCAAGUCUGUUAAGCUGCACGGGAAGAGGGACAAGUGGAAGUAGCAGGCGUUACAAACCAGAGUACACCGCUCAGCUCCCCAGACCCUUGGGGUUUCCUGCCAUGACCUGGGAUUACCAAUGACCUGUGAGCCCAUGUCUCCCUGCCCUGAACCGUAACACAGACUUAACAUACUGGUUCUCAGUAGCUCUUUUGGUGGUUGGUGAAAGUUAUAAAUCAGAAGGGGAGGACUGUGGUGGUGAUUGUCACUUGAAUCAUUCAGUUACUGUUGGCCUACUCUUAAGCCUCUGUUUACAGCUACCCUCAAACUCGUCCUUUACAAGGUAAAAGAGCACUAAGGUGGAUUUGCCACUUUGCCCCUCGUGGUGUCUGGUCCCUUGUGUCCUUUCCACUCCAACCUUACUCUCUUUUUAAGAAAAGAUAUUGUUACCAAAGUUAUAUGAAAGGCAAGCUGUGUUGGCCAUCAGCUUCAGGCUGGGGAAGUCAUCCUUGAAUCCUGUUAGUUAUAUCUUAAGUUUGUUUUGACAGUUUUUUCCCAGCCCCAUGAAGACUUUGUCCUCUUGGUAUCUUACUUCCCUUAGAAAGGUUUAUACACUUGUACAAGUAAAUAUAUUUUUCAGGACACUAGCAAGAAGCUGCAGUCACUGUGUGGAUGCUUCUCCCCACCUUACAGAAUUAUGCAGAACAACUCAAAAUAAGCCCAGGAGAGUGAGUCCUGCUUGAACCAGCUGACUGUGUAACCCGCCAGAAUAGUUUCAGCAAUUACAAAGUUUUGCCAUUCCCACACACCCAGCUUUGCAAGUUUUCUAGGUGGGGCUCUCUGGGUAUGUUCCUUUUAUCUUUUCUGCCUAUAAGUCACAUGAGUUUUUGUUGAUACUCAUGAGGAACUAAAGUGGGCACCAGGAGCUGCCUUUGUGUGAUAGUGAUGUAGGUGGCAAAGUCAGGUCUAAAAGAGAGCGUGUCUGUCCAGUCCUGGCAUUCUCCCAGGACAAGGACUUGCAGAGGCCUGAGGAGGACAGUGGCUUCUGUGUGACUGCUACUGUGUUGUGUGAUAGGCCUAACAGGAAAAGAUCAUGUAACUUGAAAUAAAGUCUGUGCAAAUUCAGUAUGUGGAUGUGGGACAGAGGUUGGAAGGAGAGGACUAGGGUCUGGAAAGCUUAAGAAUUUCUCCUUUUUCUUAUGAGCUCCCUUGUUGACCUUUUAACAGCCACAGGCUAAUGUCUGAUUUCAAAUAUGAACCCACAUCUUUUCCUCAUUUUAUAGGAUGGCAUCGUUUGGAAAAUGACCUUCCUUGUUAGGUCACAUAUCAUAGGAGAGUAGCUUAGGGAGCUGGUAUUGCCAGAUGUGCACGUUAGUUCCCAAAGCCUCUACCUCAAGAGAAUGGAACUCUUUAACUCAUUUUCAGGAAGGGCUGUGAAUAAAGAAACUUUAUUCCAGCUUCAGCUUUCAGAUGGGGUUGUUUCCUCUAAGGAGAGGGCCUUGGAAGUGCAGAAAUAGAGGUCUCGCUCUUCUGGGGCUGCUUUUCCUCCUUCAGUCUCCAUUAGCUUGUCCAAGCUCGGAAUUCUAAAGGCUGUUAGAAAUGCAUUGGGAUUGCAGAAAAAGCCUUUUCUAGACCGUAGGUGUCUCCAUCACCAACAGUACAAUGGAGUCUUGUGUGGCUCCUGGUCUGGAGAGUCCUACAGGGGUCCAGAUCGAGCUGUUUCUUCAUCUGAAGAAGGCUUGCUCUUCUGACACCGGGAUAGGCUAAGAUGUCAGGUGCAGUCCAAAGGGUUUGACUUUCCAUCUGCUGAGGGCUUCCAUCUUAGAUGUCAGUCUUCAGUAUUGUUUCACAGGCAUGUUUGGUCAGGACUAAGCUUCCUGCCAGACGAGCAGUGGAACCUAGAGGCUGGACUUUCCAGUCCUAUUCAGACACACAGUGUGCUGACUCUGGGAUCAGGAAUCAGCUAGCAAUGUGACCCCGUUUUUAAUGCGUAGGCUUGUGCUUCCAGUGGUUCCUCUUGUAGCCCAACUCUUUUCUCCAUCUAUUUUAUGUUAUGAGGUGGGAGCCCAGUUGUCACCCAGAUCACAGGCUCAGCUUUAGUUGGAGUUUGCCAACUCCUUAGCAGAAAAUGCAUGUGGAUCUUGUUGGACUUUUCACUGGGGAAAGUCUGGGAGCCUCUGUCUCAGACUUUUUCUCCCAGGAGAGGUUCUGGGCGCAAGCCCAGCUGGACACCUUUGCCCUUUAAGGGUGAGGCUGGUAUUUGUAAGUGAUCAUUUGAUGUUGAGUUUAAGCCACUACCCUGUUGAAACUUUUUUAUUGGCAAGUUGAAAUUUGAGAAUUUGUGUAGAAGCAGAAUAUGUAUUUUUAAUAAUUGCCAAUUCUGGCUGGUCCCAGUGUUAGUUUAUUAAUGAUUGAGUUCUGAUUUUUGUGAUUAUUGGACUCUAAAACUCCAAGAUGAAAACCAUUUUCUCUCUUGCACUUCAAGGGGGAAGAAAGAAAUAAAGGCAAUGCCUUUUCAGUUUCUCCCGGCCUUUAACUGCAGAGAACUGGAUGGAUUUAGCCCAGGCCUGAGCACCUGCAGCUUUGGGGCCAUGGGCCAGUUUCUGACUGCAGCACUUGACUUGUGGGGAACAUAUAAGGCCAAACCAAAAAAGAUCAUAAGGAAAAGGCUGGACCUUUGCAGCACCUGUAGUUUCCAAAGUCAGAACAGCUGGGGUCUCUUUAGUUAAGGCUAUAAUGCCAACUACGGCUUAAAAGAUGUUCUUAGUGAAACACCAAGCAGUGUUUCUAAAAUCAUGUGUUACUAUAAUGUCAAAGUUCUGUCUUGAUUUUGGAGAGGCUGGGAAGUAAGGAGGUCACUUGAACACUCUGGGAAUUAAUAUAUGUCAGACAGGAAAGAUGUGUGAAGGAGUAGUCAAAGGACACAGGUUGACUGAAAUUUCUUGCAUUAGGGCUGCUGAAAACCCCAUGUCGAAACAUCAUGGGGAAUCUACCCUGCUGUGAUUGGAAGAGGCAAGUAUUCUAGAAGGACCCCAGCAUGACGGGUUACUAAUGUUUCUUGGUUUGGUGAUGUUACAGUAUGGGAACAGGCAGAGACCUGGCAGAUUGGACCAUGAUUUGGAGAUGUGCACCUAUUGGGUAAGACUGUAUAUCCCCAGCCACUCUCUGGGAUAAUGCAGACCUCGUUGGUUUGGGAAGUGGGUGGAGAGAACAGGAGGAUUGAUCUGGUCUGGUGUGCUUUGGGAGCCUUGCCUCAGCCCACAGUUCCCCGUGUAAAUCAUGGCCAUCCUCAUUGCCCACAGGGAUCAUUAGUUCUCCUGGCUCCACCCUGUAAAGUAUGCAGAGUACUUCCUGUGGCCACUGCUCUACUGCCUUGUAAAUUUCAUCCACAGACUUUGUUAGUUACAACUUUGAGAGAGUCCCCCUCCCACCCCCGCUUUGUUUUUAAUCUUCUGUCUUUAUUGCUCCCAUCUGGAAGCUGCAAUUGGUGACAAAGGAUAGGGGAGUAGGAGGCAGACCGAACAAGACACUCAAGUCUCCUUCUUGCUACUUGGCCUUCAGCCCUUACCACCCAACCUCCUACUGCUGUCCCCAGUCAGUCUAGUUUUGAGGGGGGGGUCAUACCAAUAGGACAGCUGAGUACUAUACACUGAUCUCUAGGGUGUCAGCUAAGAGAUUCACCACCCUACCCCUAGGGGACAGAAGAGAAAUCUGCUAAGGGACAGAUGCACCAUCUUUACUCUAAAAGAAAAAGCCCCCUUAGAUUUGUCAUUAAUAGGAGUCUCCUUUGUGAGAUUUUUCUGAGAUUUCUUUCCCAGUCCUACCUUCUUACUGGCUACCUUUUAUUUUAAAAUAAUGAAGAAACAUUCUAGCUAUUUGCUGUAAAAUAGGACAGUGUUUUCACUCUGUAACUCAACACUAAGUGAUAAUCCUGCCCCAUUGAUUGUGAACCUUCAGAAAUGUUUAAUGCUUGAUGGGUGGUUUGGGAGGCAAGGACUUUUUUUUUUUAACCAACUUUAUUUAGGCAUAUUUUACGUAUCAUAAAAUUCACUCAUUUCAAAUGUACAAUUGAGUGAUUUUAGUAACUUUCCUGAGUAGUGCAGCCAUAACCAUACUCAGUUUUAGAACAUUUUCAUCCCCCUGCAAUAAGAUCCUUCAUGCCCAUUUACAGGAUAAUCUCUGUUCCCAGCUCUAAGCAACCACUAAUCUUCUGUCCCUAUAAAUUUGCCUUUUCAUAUCAAUGGAAUUGUAUAAAGUGUGGUAUCUUGAUUCUGGCUUUUUUGACGUAACAUAUUUUUUCAGGUUCAUCCAUGACAUAUAAGGUGUGUUGGUAAUUUGUUCCUUUUUAUUGCCGAAUAAUAUCCCAUUGAUAGAUAAUACAUUUUGUCAGCAGGGAGUCUUUUAAACUUGGAUUUCAACCUCCUGUGGUCUGAAAGGAACCCUCAAAACAUAGAACUCACAGGGGAAGCUACUGUGCAUGUCAAAGGAACUACUUAUCAGAACCAGCUUUGUCAUCAGAAGCUCCACAUGAGGAGAUUGAACUGCUGCAGAAAUUUUUAUGAUAAUCUUGCAACUUUUUUAUAAGGAACUUUUGUGCUGUCUACAUAUCAGGACUUUUGAAGCAUCUGAUAAUUUAAUAAGUACGAGCAUGUGUUUGACCAGAAAGUGAAACCAUCAAUACUAUUUUGGAUAUUGUUUCCUCCUCGACUGGAUAGGGGGAUCUCUGAGCUUUCCAAGUACAGUAUUGUCUUCGUUACAAAGCUGAACAUGUAUUAAGGAUCAUGCUGCUUUUGUCGGACUGAUUCGAAGGGAAGGAGGACAGCCAGCAGAGGAGGUCAAGAGGAGAAAGGGAGUAGAGUUUGUGGAACAAGAAGCCCCCAGGGGGGUCUGUGCAUGGCCCACCCAUCUGUUGGUGUGGACGGUGAAGUGCUGAUGGUGUCCUGGGGCAGCCCAGGUCUUGACUUUGUACCUUUAUCCAUUUUGCAAGUGUUUAGAAGCUGGUUUUGUUCCUUACGUUUUUUUCCCUAAAUAAACAUUACAUGGUAGUUAUUUAAUACUUCUUUGGGGGAGGGGCAGGGCUUUAAAAUUGAAGAAAAUUUUCAUAAAAAUAUCAAAAAUGGAAAAAAGUUACUUUUUUAAAAAUUUGCUAUACAAACCAAAUGGCAGCUGUUGAAAAAUCUUAAUAAAAUGAGAAUAAAAUGCA